AUGAGCCUGGGCCCAGCGUGCAUCUUCCUCAGAGGAGGCAAGAACAUCGAACGAUCUCUGCUGACCGAUGAUGAAAUCGAGGAGCUGCGCGAGGCCUUCCAGGAAUUCGACAAGGACAAGGACGGCCUCAUCAGCUGCAAGGACCUGGGCAACCUGAUGCGCACCAUGGGCUUCAUGCCAACGGAGAUGGAGCUCAUCGAGCUGAGCCAGAACAUCAACAUGAACCUUGGGGGACGGGUGGACUUCGAGGACUUUGUGGAGCUGAUGGCACCAAAGCUGCUGGCGGAGACAGCCGGGAUGAUCGGCCUCAAAGAGCUGAAAGACGCCUUUAAAGAGUUCGAUAUGGACGGCGACGGAGCCAUCACCACGGAGGAGCUGCGGCUGGCCAUGAACAAGCUGCUGGGGGAGCAGAUGAGCAGGAGGGAGAUCGAUGACGUCGUCCGGGAGGUGGACAACAACAAGGACGGCACCGUCGACUUUGAGGAAUUUGUCAAGAUGAUGUCCCGUGACUGA